AUGAGUAGCCGCGCUAAUCGUACCGUUUAUGUUGGAAACCUUCCCGGAGAUAUACGCGAAAAGGAAGUUGAAGAUUUGUUUUUCAAGGUAUGUUGCCAAGUUUUUUAACCUAAUUCCGCUUCAUUUAGGCUGCUUUUCUUCUAUCAUGUGGAGUAAUGAUGUGGUGAAACAUUGUGCACCUAAAUACGUAUGGUUUUUUGUGCGUUUGCAAACCAUGUUCUCUCUACUAUUCGACUUGUGCGCUUAUAAAAUCACGUUUUGAAAGGGCAGCUUAUAAAUUGCGCCAAAAAAUGACCUUUACUAUUUUUGCGAGUGUACACAGGAGAUUUUCUGUUUUGUCGUAUGAACGUGUUGUGCUUCGUUUGAUGCGUCAAGAUGGAUUUUUUUUUUGUUCAAUGUGUUUAUCUACAGUUCUUGACUCGUGAUUGUUUCCAUAGUUUAUUCCUUGCAUUUGAAUGGUACUCUGAAUUGUUUUAUUGCGUCAUGGAGGUUGCAAUCUUGCCCUUCGUUGGUCCGGAAAAUGUGAUUUUUUGUUAUUGAUUAUAAUUAUGUUGUUCAGUUCAUUUCCUCCAAUACUGAUUCUUGAUGUUAAUGCAGUAUGGUCACAUUGUUGAUAUUGACCUGAAGAUUCCUCCAAGGCCACCCGGUUAUGCUUUUAUUGAGGUAGUGAAUGCUUCUUUAAUAAAUGUAAUGAGCACACAUCUUAUUUCGUGAAUGGUUGUGCAUGUAUCGCGGUAUUGAUUGAACUCGACUUUUCAAUCCCUCAAUGUGAGGCUACUCUCUUUUGGCAGCAGUAAUUUUUCUUAUUCCAUUUGGUUAUCAUUUGUUUUUGAUAGGGACAUAUGAACUUCCUUCGUUAAAUAGUUACUAAAACUUAGACGUUACCUUAAGUUGCAUUACAUCUUAGUGAUUUAGUGGAAUGAGUACGAAUUAGGUACUUAAAAGAAGUGAUGCAGGGCUGAUCCUGUUUUGGUCCCAACGACAUGCUUAUUGAUUCUCAUUAAGUUAAUCAACAUUAACCACCUGCCCAACCUUGUAGUGAUUUUCAAGCGAUAUGUUUUCAAGAGAUAGUAUUACAUUAUUGAUCAGCGUGUGCCAAGCUGUUUAGUUGAAUGAUAAGAAUGUUGACCAUCUUCAGCAACUGAAUCAUACAUAAUACCUUGAACUUUCCAAAAUUCUUUCGUCGUUGGGCAAAUCCCUUUUUAUCUCGUGCAUAUUCUAGUUUUGGGAAUGAGAGUGUAGUCUUUGCCUAUUCUAAUGUUUGCAUUAAAUUUAUUUGAGACAGUUUGAGGAUGCCCGUGAUGCCGAUGAUGCUAUUCGAGGGCGUGAUGGUUAUAAUUUUGAUGGCCAUAGACUUCGGGUAUUGUUAUUCUUCUGAUUUUUUUAGACGGUUCUUUUCUCCCUUAAGAGAAAUCAGGAGUAUUCAUUUUUAGUUCUUUUUCUUGUGACAUGUUUCAUUUGGUGUUCUUCUAGGUUGAACUUGCACAUGGUGGGCGUGGCAAUUCAUCUUCAAAUGAUCGCCACAGUAGUUAUAAUGGUUCCAGUGGUGGGCGUGGGGUCUCUAGGAGGACAGAACACCGUGGUAUGAUAUUUAAAUAGGAGAUAGUUACGUUUCAUCGAGGACUUAUUCCAGAUUAGGACUUUCAAACUUGUUUCCGCUAUGCAGUUCUUGUUACUGGUUUGCCGAGCUCUGCUUCCUGGCAAGACUUGAAGGUAGUACUUUCUUAUUCUCUGUUUUUUUUCCUUUUGAUGUCUAUUGGUUUAUUCUUUAUUUGAAAAUUUUCCUUAUUGACAGGAUCAUAUGCGUCGGGCCGGAGAUGUCUGCUUUUCUCAGGUGUUCCGUGAUGGGCGUGGUGAGCAUACCUCAAACUUAUCUCUUUGUUUGUAAGGCUAACGAUUUUUUAUUGCUAACGACUUAAAUAUCUUAGGAUUCAUGGUAUGAUUUCCAAAUGAUACUGUACUCUUUUGACAAUGUGAAUUGAUAUCGUUGUGUGAAGAAAAAAUAUUUUUUCAGUUAAUAUUUUUUUUUCCAUGUACAUAUAAUCUAUUAUCAAACUUCACCAUGGUGAUCACAUUAUUUUGGUGUCACCUGAAAGACAAGGCAGUCUUAUCUAGGCAAGAGCUGCUGCUUGGUUGAAUGUGAAUUCUUGACACUCGAUCUUCUUAUUUGUGGAACCAUUUUCAUGUUCGUUUGAAUAGUUAUUGUUUGACCAGACAAGAUAAAGUGCGCAUUUUAAAUACGUGUACUAUUUGGCCAUAAAAUUUGGCUAUAAAAUUAUACGUCCUUGUGAAUUGUGUCUUAGAUUUCAUCGUAUAGGUAGUAAGUCUUGAGAUGUUACUGUUAUUUUCUCGCGUACUAUUUCUUAGUAAAUAUUGUGUUUAUACAUACAUGCGUCGGUUGGUUGUCCAUAAUUCUCACGUAGGAUUAUCAUCUUGGUUGCCGUAAUGCCCUUGUUGGUCAUGUAUGUGUUGCCAGAUCGUAGCAUUUCCCCAAAUGUGUGGAAAGAUUUUGAAACCCAGUUACCUCUUUUUUUUUAAAAGGCUGUCCUCAUUAUAACUUGGUCUCUGAGUUUGCAAGGAUGUUCGUGUUGUUGGGUUAAUACUGGAUUAUCAUCACUUCGGCCAUUUUUCAUCCCUUUUGCAUGAAAAGCUGCGUAUCUCAUUCUCAGUAUCUCCUGAAGUAUGCAUAUUUGUACACACAUAUAUGGGUACAUAUAUUUGUACUCGUUUAACUGAGGGUUGAAUUUUCUUAUGUCACAAUAAGAUCAUUUUGCGGUGUAGAACAUGCAAAUCGUUUCCAGUUAUGACACAAUAAAGUGAUAGUUAUCGAGUAUCCUGUAAACUUUGGCAGCAGCUGGGUACGCUCAUUAAUACCAUGUGGGUUUUUAUUUAAUCACGAUCUUUUAAUGUUUCCAAAAUACUUGUGAAUAAUUGAGCUAAAUUGUAUAUUCUUUCCAAUGCAUGCCAUUUUUGGUUAUGUAGAAUUGUCCUCGUUUUUAUGCAUGUUUUUAUUUUAUUUUAUUUUUACUGUAGUAAAUCACAUCCACAUUUAGUAUCCUUUUAUCAUAAUAUAAUGUAUGGAGUCCCUAAGUCGUUACCCUCAACCAUAAAGAAUCAUUGAACUGAUGCUGUGGUUGCUUUAUUUCCAGGCACAACAGGAAUUGUAGACUACACAAACUAUGAUGAUAUGAAAUAUGCUGUAAGUUGCUGAUUUAUUACUAAAACCGUUGAUUACUUCGUCCAGUAACAAAACACUCGAAUGAAGCUUACCUAAUUUUUUUUAAUAUUUAACUCUGCAGAUUAGGAAGCUUGAUGAUUCUGAGUUUCGUAAUGCAUUCGCACGGUCAUACAUUCGGGUGAUUGUCAUGAUCUUCUCUACCUUCUAGCUAUCUCAGCAUUCACAUGUAUAUCAGUCUCCACAUGUGCUUUUUCUGUUAAAGGUUAAGGAGUAUGAUUCUCGGCGAAGUGGUUCUAGGAGUCGCAGCCGUUCUCGCUCAAGGAGCCGAAGCCGAAGCCGUAGUCGCAGCAUCAGUAAAAGCAGAAGUCCUAGGUUUACUAUUCCAGCCUGUCCUUGUUUGCUACAGAUUUCUACCCAAACUGUUAUUUACUUUCCUGAAUCAUUUUGCAGCAAGUCACCCAAGGCAAAGCACUCUGAGCGGUCUCCUUCUCGAUCCCGAUCCAAAUCCAUCUCUCCACGUGUUCGCUCAGUGUCUAAAGAGCGAUCCUUGUCAAGGUAA